UACCAAUCACACACUCCCUCUCUCUUUCUCUCUACGGAAGGAACCCAUUUUCCCCUCUCCUUCGCCUAUCACUUCUCACUCCCCAAGUCUACUCACUCUCUCUCUCUCUCUCUCUCUAGAAUCAGGUAUGAUUCCCACAAUCCAUAAAGCAAAUACUUGGUAUCUGAUUUGAAUUGGAAAACCCAUCCCCCCACGCAGCAUCACUCCCAUAUGGGGCCUUACGACUCUGCCAUCUCUACCGGCAGCACCACCAGCUCCCCCUCUUCUGCCGCCAAACCCUCUGAGAUCGAUGGACUUCUCGCCGGCGCCGGCUACAAGGUCCGCUCUACGGAGCUCCAUCAAGUCGCCCAGCGUCUGGAGCGACUGGAGACGGUGAUGGUCAACGCUCCGUCGGAGAUCUCACAGCUGGCCUCCGAUGUUCUUCACUGCAACCCCUCCGAUAUCGCCUCCUGGGUGGACUCGAUGCUCUUCGAGUUCAAUCCGCCCGUGUCAAUACCUUCUGAUCUAUCGGAUUUUUCUGAUCUCACUUAUAUUGACAGCGUGGUGAGCCCCGCCAUAAAUCAGACGGUUUGCAACAAUUCGUGGGUGGAACAUCAUACACCGCAGCAGCAGCAGCAAGAACUCACUCAUCAGUUGACGGUGGUUACAGCGAUGGAAGAAGAUUCCGGUAUCAGAUUGGUGCACAUGAUGAUGACGUGUGCUGAGUCAGUCCAACGUGGCGAUCUACCCAUGGCUGGAUCGCUAAUUGAAGAGAUGCAGGCUUUGCUGACUCGUGUAAACACUGGCUGCGGCAUCGGGAAAGUCGCUCGCUACUUCAUUGACGCACUCAACCGCCGUGUAUUCACACCGCAGGCCCCCUGCGCCACUGGCUGGUCUAACGAGAACGAGAUUUUAUAUCAUCACUUCUACGAGGCUUGUCCGUACCUGAAAUUCGCUCACUUCACGGCUAAUCAAGCCAUCUUAGAAGCUUUCGACGGCCACGAUUGCGUCCACGUCGUUGACUUCAACCUAAUGCACGGCUUACAAUGGCCGGCUCUUAUUCAAGCCCUGGCCCUGCGUCCCGGUGGGCCUCCUUUACUCCGAUUGACAGGCAUUGGCCCCCCAUCGCCUGACGGCCGCGACUCGCUCCGAGAAAUCGGUCUCCGGCUCGCGGAGUUAGCCCGGUCCGUCAACGUCCGCUUCGCUUUUCGUGGUGUGGCAGCUUCGCGGCUGGAAGAUGUGAAGCCGUGGAUGCUACAGGUGAGCCCAAAGGAAGCCGUAGCUAUAAACUCAAUCAUGCAGCUUCACCGGCUUCUCGGAUCCGGUCCAACCCGGGUGUCUGCCAUAGAAACGGUGCUUGGGUGGAUCCGAAGCUUGAACCCGAAAAUCGUGACAGUGGUUGAACAGGAAGCGAAUCAUAACCAAUCAGAGUUCUUGGAUCGGUUCACCGAGGCCCUGUACUACUACUCCACAAUGUUCGAUUCCCUAGAGGCUUGCUCUCUCCAGCCGGAGAAAGCCGUAGCCGAGAUUUACAUCCAGAAAGAGAUAUGCAACGUGUUGUGUUGCGAAGGGUCGGCUCGAGUGGAAAGGCACGAGCCGUUGGCUAAGUGGAGGAAUCGGCUUGGAGCAGCAGGGUUCAGGCCGUUGAACCUGGGAUCCAAUGCGUUCAAACAAGCCAGUAUGCUGCUGACGCUGUUCUCGGCUGAGGGGUACUGUGUUGAGGAGCAUGACGGGUGUUUGACGCUAGGCUGGCACAGCCGCCCUCUCAUAGCGGCUUCGGCUUGGCAACCCCUCCUAGACACAGUUAUAAAUCAUAAUAAUCUCCUCUAAAACUUGUAAUUGGAUUUUGGUUGCAUAGUCUAUUCCUUGAAUGAAAUCAAUUAUUUCAUAAACA